AGAUCAUUGAAUCGACUGUAAAGCCAUUGAUAGAAGUUGAAGAUGAACAAGAACAAAAACCCCCAUAUUAUUAUUACAGAUAGUGCAACAGAGAAUGAGGAUCAUUCCAUAUAUGAACAUGGAUAUGUAAAUUAAAAGUAGGGAUCUUUUUUAAAUGGGGGUUAGGGUUUUCUUUUUUUUUUUUUCUUCCGGCUCUGGUUUGUUAAGAUAUUGAGAUAUUGUUAUGUAGAGGAAAGAAUCUUUGAAGAUAAAGUAGGUUUGUUGUAUUAAUGUAACAAACUUGAUUAUGUAAUUUAAUGAAAGAUCAAUCUAAUGAGAUUUACAGUUCAUUGGAAAUUGAACCAACUCAUUCCAACACACACUGAUUUUUCCAGUGCGGCCCCCGAGACCAACCCCAUGCUCAAGAGGGCACAAUCCAUUUCAAUUUGGGGGGAAAAACAACCCUGUUCCCUUCCGCCGAAACCAGAUAUGGGGCUUCUUUCCAACAGAGUUAAUCAGGGGAGCUUGAAACCGGGUGAUCAUAUCUACUCUUGGAGAGCCGCUUAUAUCUAUGCCCAUCAUGGCAUCUAUGUGGGAGAUGGCAGAGUUAUUCAUUUUACCAGAAGAGGUCAAGAAGUAGGAACCGGGACCGUGCUUGAUGUCUUACUCGUAAGUUCAGGACCUGCUCGAUCCUUCGUGCCAUGCGCUACCUGUGUUCCUCUAGAAGAAGGGAAUGGAGUUGUUUCCUCAUGCUUGAACUGUUUUCUUGCCGGUGGAGUGUUGUAUCGUUUCGAGUAUGGUGUUAGUCCCACUCUUUUUCUGGCCAAAGCUCGAGGUGGAACUUGCACCCUUGCAAGCUCUGAUUCAGAUGAUCUUGUGGUCCAUCGAGCAAAAUACCUACUCGACAAUGGCUUUGGAUGCUAUAAUGUAUUCAAGAACAACUGUGAAGAUUUUGCAAUAUACUGCAAAACUGGAUUACUUGUGGUUGAUCAAAGGACCAUGGGACAAAGUGGGCAAGCAGUUUCAAUCAUUGGAGGACCUCUGGCAGCGGUUCUUUCAACACCACUGCGUCUUGUGACAACCAACGUCUAUGGAAUGGCAGCAACGGCCGUUGGGGUGUACUGUGCCAGUAGAUACGCCGCUGAUAUUGGGAUGAGAAAGGAUGUGAUGAAGAUACCUGUUGAAGAUUUGACCCAAAGGUUGGCCACCGGCCUUGUCCAGGUGGUUGAAUCUCAGAUUUUAACUGCAACAGUGCCGGAGCCUCACCUGCUUGCUACCAGAUAAUUAUGCUACCAUCUGUUGUUGUUGUUCUUGUUGUUCUUGUCUACUUAAAAUAACUAAAAACAUACUGUUGUGAAAUGUAACUCUUGCAAACAAAAUAUUUGUGGUAAGUUAAGAAAUAUAUGGAAGGUCUUAAAAUGAUUAGGAAAA